UCAAAAGUCACACAACUUACUUAUAGCACCGAUAAAACUCCACGUUUUACAAAGUACAACUUAAGAUGCCAGCCGCAGGACUAGAUUUUCAACCGUGCAAACGAUCUCCAACAAUAACAGAGCUGGAGGAAAAUGAAAGGCGACAAGGCCGGAGGUCAGCUCGAAUCAACAUCGGCAACCAGAUGGACAGAUGGAUGGCCCUGAAGUGCGGUUUAGGACUGUGGAAAAAUGAGGAAGUGGCUAAAAUGCUCCUUGACAGCUGGUCCACCGUCACUGGUAUAUGUCUGGAUGAUGGUACAGAGGAUGCUUCAUCAGAAACAGAUGUUAAGAAACGGACGUCAACAGAUCAUGUAAAAGAUGAAAUGGACAGGCCUCAACUUGAUACCGAAUACGAUGAAGACCUGCCUAUCUUGGAAAGACAAUUAGAAGACUGGGAAAUAUGUCUUGGUGUGAAAACACCAUCCCAUAAUGUCACUCCAGUAUCAAGUGCAUUAAAACCAGAGGCAGAACAACAAAAGUCAUCAUUUUUAAAUGAUCAAACCCAGACUUUACAGCAUACUCAAGGUUCUCAACAAAAAGUAAUAUUACCACUGGUGAAAAAUCUAGCUGAAGUACACAGCUGUCAUCAAACAUCUUUGAACUUGAAGCAUCCAAGAUUGACAAAACCAGAUGCAAUACCAGGCCAACAGGGCACACCCAGACAUCUGAUAUUUUUUCCUGGAACGGGAGGUAAGCCGUUGUUGGUCCUUCCUGAUAUACAGUACACAUCUGUGGCUUCAGGAAUAAGUACUACUUCACUUACUGUGAGUAGAAGUGAAUCAAAAACUUCAUCAUUGUCAAAUGAUAAUAAUGUAGUUACAACAACCUCUUCAAGUAACACUUUACCCUUGAUGAGCACCGACAAUGCUAUGCAGCAUUCAAACUUUGGACAUGUGACACAUUCAGAUUGCAAUACAAUGGGAAUAAGAUGUGAAGAUAUUAAACAAGAACCUGUAUCAGAAGAAAAACAUUAUAAUAAUGUAAACUUAGAUAAUGAAAUUAAGAUGGAGACUGAGUAUCAAAUGUUUACAAGUAAACAAAGAAACACACAGGUUGUGAUCCAGGCACUCCCUGGUAACCAUAGUAACACACAGGCUGUGAACCAGGUACUCACUGGUAACCAUAGUAACCCACAGACAGUGAAUCACGUAAUCUGUACUGGCCAUGUUAACCAACAGUCUGAAAGUCCAGUGUUGGUGAGACGUGACUAUGGUAAUGGAGAUGCUAAUGAUAUUGUUUUAAACAUGUAUUGUAGUAGUGAUGAUGACUUUGAAGAAGGCAAUGAAAAUCCUACCACUCAAUUAUCAGCAGAUUUAAACAAAAAGACAAGUCAAACUAAAAGUAAACGCUUUACCACACUGAAAAGUCGACCUACAAAGAAACACAAAGCACGCUCGUCUGGUGACACUGGUAGCACUGUCAUGUGCCCCUAUCCUAAAAAAGGACACCGAGAAUCUGAGGACACGGGCAACUGUUACCGCAGUGAGAGACUAAGGAAGAAAGGGCGAAUAUCGUUCAUUGAACUGAUGAAAGGAAAUGUUGUUUUUGAGAAAGACAAAACUGGAAACAUUUAUGCCAAAGAGAGAGAAGCUUGUAAUGAAACUGAAUCCAAUGGAAAAAUUGAGAAUUCUAACGAUAGACAGGAUAUUGUUGGUAGUAGGAAGAAGUCUGCACUUACUUAUGAUGACUACAGAAACCAUUCCGACAGUAACGAUGAUGAACACAGGGAAAGUGACAGUCCAAAUGCCCUCUCUGAAACAAAUUCUGACUGAAGAUUGGAGGACAAAGCACAGUUUUUGACCGACAUGUUUCAAUCUUUAUACAACUUGGCUUAUACACCCACAUGCAAAAAUGUACAUGAAGUUCAGAUGAAGCAUGAACAAAUGUACAUCUAAGCUUAUUGGUGACGAUCCUUUCCAGACUCUAACGAAGAAAGUUGAAAUGUCACAGUAGAUACAGGAUGCGAGAUAACCAUCUGAGGUCUGAACAUUGUCCUAUUAAUGCUGUAAAGUUCCUGUUUGAGGAAGAAAGGUGUGUUCAGAAUGAGUAAAAGAAAGCAUUGUAGAGGAUUAAACUCCCCUUUUGUGAACUAUACCUGAGUUUGUUGCUUGGGAAAUACAUCUGUUGGAAUCUGGAUUAUGUUAAAGGUGAAGGUACCGAUGUAAACUUCGUAGGGAUAGAUCAUGAAGUUUGAUUUCAACAUUGUAUACGAUAUACUCUAUCACCUCAGAUAGGGAUGGUCAUGUUAAUUGACCACACUUGGGUAGAAGUAGCAGACACUUGGAGAUGUUCAGAACCACAGCACAAGAUGGUGGUAUCACUACCACCAAAGUUCCCUCCUUGAAUUAAAGACGGGCAUGUUACCAUGGAUAAGAGGCCAGGCUAUACAGGUACGUCUUUACAUGCUGCAUCAAUAGUUAUCAGAUGACUUUGUGAAGAGACUGAUGUGAACAUACAAUCCAAUGAUAUGUGGAUAUGUGGUAGAUAUCAACAAAAUGGAGAACUAAAGACUCUAACUCAAAAAACUGGUCUGGAAUGGGAUCAAGAUACAAUCACAUUGAAAAUAGAAACUAAAAAUGAUUUCUCCAGCAUAAACAGCUUGAAACAAAAUAGAGUGGUCUGGAAUCGGAUCAAAUCACAUUGAAAAUAGAACCUAAAAAAUAUUUCUCCAGUGUAAACAGCUUGAAACAAAAUAGUAAUGGAUAUGACAUCAACCACUAGCUUGUUUACCAUGCAUACAAAGUAACUGUCAGUGUUACAGUUGUACAAGAGCACUUCCAAUAGACAUUUGCUGACCGUUUAUAGGAGGACAGAUGGAAAAUAGCAAUAGAUAUAUGGUAUUGUGACAGAUGGACAUGCUAUUUCGAAUCAGUGUUGGCAUUAGACAUACAUAGUGCCCUCCUAAAUAUGAAGUGAUUGUGGUAUGUGAAUACCAUAAGUGAAAAUGAUAAGGAAAAGAUCAGAAAUUAGCAUGCAACGAAUUGAUCGUCAGUCCUUGAUCAAAUUGUAAGGAAAGAUAAGGAGUUAACAUUGAAAGGUCUGUAGUGUCCUUGAUUUCAAGGUUAGGGAAGUGUUGACUAUUCAUGUCCUGAUAAGCUCCAUGAUAAUUCAGUUUAAUAGUUGAAAUCAGAAAGUUGACGAAGAAAGAAACACCGUUUGUUCCCAAGAAACCAAGAAUUAUGAGGAUGAUCGGCUGUUAGGAAGGCAUGUAUAGGGAAACAUGUACAUUGAUGAAUUGACCAGCCAAAGAUACAAUGAAUAAAAUAAGAAAAUUUA